CCCAUUACUAUGGGAAAAUGAAAACAUCCAUGUCUACAGGCGGCGUUUGAACAGCUUCCCUUUUAUUUAUAGCACAUUUCGCUCUGUAUUAGCCAAUAAUGUGCACCGGGUGUGAGUAUUUUCGUGAAGAGAGUUCGUGGAGCACGCAGGGGAUAGUAACUCGGUAGCCGACGUCACCCUUAGCCUCGGCCAAGCUGCUCCGCCCACUGAAGACAUUUCUGUCCAGCGCCAUGAACUUGGUCCGCCUGCUGUGCCGCCACAAGACGGCCCUGGUCCUCUGCAGCGUGUGCACCUUCGCCGUGGUCCUCAUCUUCUUGGCCAAAUGUACCCCAGAGACCCUGAAGCAGGGUCACGUGGACCCGCCAGGCAUAGCCCCACGUGCCAGCGCUGUCCAUCUCCCUGCGGAGCCACCCUCCAAGACCUUGUCGGCGUUCCUGGCGGUCCUGGUCACCACGGGGCCCAAGUACACCGAGCGCAGGAGCAUCAUCAGGAGCACAUGGCUGGCCAGGCGGGACUCGGAUGUUCUGGCUAUGUUUGUGGUAGGAACUCAGGGGCUUUCUACUGAAGAUCUUCAGAACCUCAAGACGGAGCAAGGGCGCCACAAGGAUCUUCUCCUCCUGCCGGACUUAAGGGAUUCUUACGAGAACCUGACCACGAAGGUCCUGCACAUGUACUCCUGGCUGGAUCAGAACGUGGCCUUCAAGUUUGUGUUGAAAGCAGACGACGACACAUUCGCUCGCUUGGACCUCCUGAAGGAGGAACUGCGGGCCAAGGAGCCCACUCGCCUGUACUGGGGCUUUUUCUCAGGUCGAGGACGCGUCAAGGCCGGCGGCAAGUGGCGGGAAAGCGCCUGGGAACUCUGCGACUACUACCUGCCCUACGCGCUGGGCGGCGGCUACGUCCUGUCCUCCGACCUUGUGCGCUACGUGCGCCUCAACGCCGCCUACCUGAAGACGUGGCAGAGCGAGGACGUGUCGCUGGGAGCCUGGCUGGGCCCCUUAGACGUGCGGCGGACGCACGACCCGCGCUUCGACACCGAGUACAAAUCCCGCGGUUGCAACAACAAAUACUUGGUGACACACAAGCAGAGUCUGGAGGACAUGCUGGAGAAGCAGCAGACGCUGCAGCGCGAGGGGCGGCUGUGUAAGGAGGAGGUCAGGUUGCGACUGUCCUACGUUUACGACUGGAGCGUGCCGCCCUCGCAGUGCUGCCAGAGGAAGGAGGGCGUGCCUUGACUGCUUGACGCUACAAGACGUCUAAGGGCCUUUCAUUUGCUUUACAAAUCAAGCAAAAUGUUGUUCAUUUGGAUCAUUUCCUCAAAUAGUGGCCUCCGCUGAAAUCCAUCUCUGGGCACACCCAAAUAAAUACCAAGGAUUUGAAUCCAUCCACACUAUAUUAUCAUAUUUCAAGUCGUGUUUGUCAUCCGUGCAAAAAAAGGUACCCUGUUUUCCACUACUUUUCCCCCCACGCUUUGAAUCUAGCGGCUUAGCAAACGACGCGGCUAAUUUAUGUUUUUGUUUUCAACAAAUAGUUUUCAUAAAACACCUACAGAGACACUGAAAAGGUGUGUUCUUGUUUGUGCGCCGUCUUUUAGGACGAGUUCGCUGACUGCAGGUACUUCCUGUUUUGCGCCUUGAACCGGAAGUAUGUCCCGUUUUGUCUACUAUUCGUCCGUAGCGUUUUUACUCGUAUGGAUUCUUCAUUCAUCACUACAUUACAAUAUAACUAAAACAAUUCAUACUUACUAAAGUGUCCCAUGUGUGAUGUCUGUAGGAGUGUUUUCAUGCAUAUUUGUACCUGCUAUCGUAAUGUAAUCAAGCUCGCGUCGUUAGCAUUAGCUAAUAUGCUAACACAUCUACAAGUGUCUGUGUUAGUGUUAUUAACUUACAAUGGCAUUCUUUUUUUAUUGUUUCAGUUUGGUAAAUUCACCAAAAUGUCAGCUAGUGAGUCUGUUUAGCUAGUGGGGUUGAUCAACUGUUUUACUGCCCUGUUACAGACACAGUUUGGAAACAAUUAAAGUAUUACAAAAUUGUUGGUAGCCGUAAAUAUCUGCGGCUUAUAGUCCGGUGCGGCUAAUAUAUGUCAUAAAAAAAGUUAGAAUUAAAUUUGGUGGGAUACCGUUGCCCUGUACAACCUGGAAAGUACAGUAUAUUUAUAUAUGCAUUUGUUAAAGGUCUGCCUCUCAUCCUUUACACCUAAGAGAUACUCUCUGCAGUUAAGUAAAUAAACACCCCUGGACAUUCACUCGACUUGAGGCGGGAAAAAGGUCAUUGUGGUAAAGCUAACGUCAAUAAUCUGUACAUUCCUCGGAUUAACCAUUAAUUUUUUACUUAUUUUAGAAAAACAUGUUCUGCAUUUUUGUAAUAUUCUUCACAGGCGUCAUCACUCAAAAAAACACAGAAAAAAUUCAAUUGAGGCAAAAACAUUUUUUUGUUGUGGUGGUAAUAUUGCACCCAGCCAGCAGGUUAUGCUGUAAUGUUCUUGUUCCUUUAUGUUUUUUAAUAGAUAAACCAUUCAUCCAACCAUUUUCUACCGCUUGUCCCUAUUAGGGUCACGGGGGGUGCUGGAGCCCAUCUCGGCUGCAUUCGGGCAGAAGGUGGGGUACAAGUCACCACCUCAUCUUGUCUUUGGAGGCGGGAGGGGCCUAUCCCCAGGUGCAUGUCUUUGGAGGUGGGAGGAGCCUAUCCCCAGGUGCAUGUCUUUGAGGUGGGAGGAAGCCAGAGGGAACCCACACAGUCACGGGGAGAACAUGCAAACUCCACACAGAAAACCCCCCAGCCUGGGGAUCAAACCCAGGACCUUCGUAUUGUGAGGCACAUGCACUAACCUCUGGUCCACCGUGCUGCCCUUUUGAGAUAACCACCAUUGUCAAAAGAUCAGUUUCCCACAUUUGACCUCGUACCAGUUGUUUGUUACCAUGUAGUUGUGUAAAAAAAAAUCUCUGAAGUAGAAGCCUUCUUGGGCCGUGUAACAUUGUUUUGCCUUUUGGCCUUGUCAGUAGUGUCUUUGCAAGGGCCACUUCCUUCCUUUUCUCCGGUUAAACCUCUACACUAUCAUUUGAAAGGGUCAUGCUGCCUGGUAGCAGACUCCUAUCUGCCAUUUAAUUUGAUGUACCGUAUUUUCCGCACUAUAAGGCGCACCUAAAAACCACAAAUUUUCUCAAAAGCUAACAGUGCGCCUUAUAACCCGGUGCGCUUUAUUACGAUUCAUUUUCAUAAAGUUUCGAUCUCGCAACUUCGGUAAACAGCCGCCAUCUUUUUUCCCGGUAGAACAGGAAGCGCUUCUUCUUCUACGCAAGCAACCGCCAAGGUAAGCACCCGCCCCCAUAGAACAGGAAGCGCUACCGCCCGCCCCCGGAAGAAAAAGAAGCGCGCGGAUAUUUCGUUUCAUUUCCUUUGUGUGUUUACAUCUGUAAAGACCAGACUACAAAAUGGCUCCUACUAAGCGACACGCUUAUAACGCAGAAUUUAAACUUAAGGCAAUAAGUCAUGCCGAAGAACACGGAAAUAGAGCAGCAGCAAGAGAAUAUAACAUAAAUGAAUCAAUGGUGCGUAGGUGGAGGAAGCAAGAAGAUGACCUGCGCCAGGUAAAGAAGACAAAACAGAGUUUCCGAGGGAACAAAGCACGAUGGCAACAGUUGGAGGACGAACUCGAACAGUGGGUUGUUGAGCAGAGAGCAGCAAGCAGAAGUGUCAGCACCAUCACUAUUCGAAUGAAGGCAACAACGCUAGCAAGCGAACUUCACCUGGAUGAUUUUAAAGGUGGUGCUUCUUGGUGUUUCCGGUUUAUGAAAAGACGCAAUCUCUCCAUCCGCACACGGACCACUAUUUCACAGCAACUGCCUAACGACUUUAAAGAAAAGCUGGCUACUUUCCGUGCAUAUUGUAAAAACAAGAUAGCGGAAAAAAAGAUCCGGCCAGAGAACAUUAUCAACAUGGACGAGGUUCCACUGACUUUUGAUAUUCCUGUGAACCGCACUGUUGAUACAACGGGAGCACGUACGGUGAAUAUUCGCACCA